AUGAACCAAGUCUGUCGUUUUCGUCCUUUGAUUUCAUUCCUAUCUCGUACAUCAGUUCGUCCUAUUCAUCUAUCUUCAAAACGAUCAAUUGACUGGGGUGAUAUUGAUGAAUACACUAAUAAAGUGAACACAUCAGUCUUUUUAACAACAGAUGUUUAUGAAAAAGAUGAUGAAUGGGUUCAAUAUGAAUCUCGUCGAAAUGAACGCCAACGCAAACGACGUGAGCAAUAUCUUGUAGGACCACCGAAACGAAAAUCUGUAGUAUCAUCUGAUGGAGAUUCCAAAACUUGUCCAUCAUCGGCAACUUUUACAAGAAUUGAAUCUGACGUGAAAUAUGAUCCGAAUGAUGAUCGACCUAAACCAAUGAAUGAUCCUUAUUUACCAUCACCACAUAAAUGUAUCGUUUGCGUGCAUAAUCUUAAAAUUGAUUUUCGUAAUACGAAAUUAUUGAGUCAAUUUGUUUCGCCACAAACGGGUUUUGUUUUUGAUCAACGUACAACUGGUUUAUGUUAUUUUAAACAAGUCGAACUUGAAAAAGCCGUUUUGAAAGCACGCCGUUUCAAUUUAAUGCCAUAUAAAUGGAAAGAAACAGUUUAUCUCGAUGAUCCACGAUUGUUUAAUCCAUAUGAUAAUACAAUGAAAAAAAUUGUUAGCUCAGAAAAAGAAAAAUUCGGACAUUAG